AUGUCUUUUCAUAUUACUUCAGACGGUCGCAGUGUCGUGCCGCUUGUUGCAGCCGCAAAGCAACUUCCUUUUCAAGAGUCCCAAGUCCAUCCAGUCAUUUCGGCGAAGACCAAUGAAACUGUGCACUAUUUCCAGUCGGCAACAACUUCGGAUUGCUCUGCUGCUUGCGAUGCAGCUUGGCAGGCUUUUGCUCAUGGCUUAGAGGGAAACACCCCGUGGAAAAUUGCGGGCGUUGAGCAGCGAAGAACCCUCCUUGAGCGAGUUGCCAACCUUCUCCUGGAGCGGGAAGAAGAAUUCAUUCGAGUUCAGCAGCUGGAAACCAGCAGUGGACUACUCUGGUCGAGACACAAUGUACGAACAACUGCCAAAUAUGUUCAAGAGAUUGCCUCGGCUGUGUCCAGUAUCAAAGGAACCAUUCCCCCGAAUGACAAACCAGGAACAAUGGCAUUUGUUUUUAAGGAAGCUAUCGGCCCGGUUUUGAUCAUACCUCCGUGGAAUGCGGCGCUCAACCUGUGCACACGGGCACUUGCGGCAGCUAUUGGUGCCGGCUGCACAGCCGUUUUGAAAGCCUCGGAGCUCUGCCCCUAUACACAUAGUCUGAUUGCAGAUGUCUUUACUGCGGCCGGUGCUCCUCCUGGCGUUAUCAACUUUCUCUGCGCGGCACGACCUGACGCUUCAGAAGUAACUGAAUAUAUCAUUGCUAACAAACAUAUCCGGAAGAUUGACUUUAUCGGUUCUCCAGGCGUAGGCAAGAUCAUUACUGCCACGGCUGCAAGGUACCUGAAACCGGUUCUUCUAGAAUUGGGAGGUAAAUGCCCCGCAAUUGUUCUUGAUGAUGCAGACCUUCAAAAAGCUGCAGAAAGAUGUGCGCGAGGUGCUCUUAUGCAUCAUGGCCAGAUUUGCUUCAGCACAGAGCGUAUAAUUGUUCAAAGAAAAGUUGCAGAACCCUUUACAAAGGCCUUAGUUGCAGCCGUUCAAGCCCUUGAAGCUCAAGAUUUUGCCGGGACUGCAGUCUCGGAAGGCAUUGCGAGCCACGCCUUGGAGGUUUUGCAAGAAGCAAAGAGUAAGGGUCAGCAAUUUAUCGUCGGGGAUGCAGCCUAUAGAUCGGGCCAUCCUAACUCCCUGGUACCUGCUAUUGUGGCGAUUGAUCCGGCAACAAAUCCUGAUGAUCUACGAAUUGUGGAUGAGGAAACUUUCGGGCCGAGCGCCAGUCUCUAUGUCGUUGAUACAGAUGAAGAGGCUAUCAGGCUGGCGAAUCGGUCUGCCUUUGGCCUGAACGCUGCUAUUCAUACGGCCGACCUUGAGCGUGGUAUGCGCCUCGGGCGGCAACUUGAGUAUGGACAGGUACAUCUCAAUUGGGAAACGGUCUAUGUUAGCCCAACUGGUCCCCAGGGAGGCCUCAAAGCCAGCGGCUGGGGCAGGCAGAACGCACUCUGGGGGUUGGAGGAAUUCUUGGAGGAAAAAAGCAUCACCUGGCACGGAAAGUAA